GAUGCAGCAGGUGGCUGUCAGCGGGAGGCUCCGCGGGCAUAGCCGGCACCCUAUCCUGGGCUGCGGGGGGCAUCGCACCUCGCCUGCCUGGGGGAGGCCGGCUGAAGCCCCGCCCCGUGGCCCCUGAGCCACAUGGCCUUCCUGGGCCCCAGGACACCUGCCCCCAAGCCGUCGCCAGGCAGGAAGACAGUCAUGUGCUGGGUCAGUGCCACCAGCUUCAUGGCGGCCGAGGAGAUGCACUGGCCCGUCCCCAUGAAGGCCAUUGGUGCCCAGAACUUGCUGACCAUGCCUGGGGGUGUGGCCAAGGCUGGCUACCUGCACAAGAAGGGCGGCACCCAGCUGCAGCUGCUCAAAUGGCCCCUGCGCUUUGUCAUCAUCCACAAGCGCUGCAUCUACUACUUCAAGAGCAGCACGUCCGCCUCCCCGCAGGGCGCCUUCUCGCUGAGUGGCUACAACCGGGUGAUGCGGGCAGCUGAGGAGACGACAUCCAGCAACGUCUUCCCCUUCAAGAUCGUCCACAUCAGCAAGAAGCACCGCACGUGGUUCUUCUCUGCCUCCUCUGAGGAUGAGCGCAAGAGCUGGAUGGCCUUGCUGCGCAAGGAGAUUGGCCACUUCCACGGGAAGAAGGAGCUGCCUCUGGAUGCCAGCGACUCCAGCUCGGACACAGACAGCUUCUACGGUGCCAUCGAGCGGCCCGUGGACAUCAGCCUCUCUCCGUACCCCACUGACAACGAAGACUACGACGACGAGGACGACUCGUACCUGGAGCCUGACGGCCCCGAGGCCGGGGAGCCCGAGGAUGCCCUGAUCCACCCACCGGCCUACCCCCCACCUCCGGUGCCCACGCCCAGGAAGCCCGUCUUCUCUGAUGUGCCCCGGGCCCGCUCCUUUUCCUCCAAGGGUCCAGGCCCUCUGCCGCCCCCUGCGCCCCCUAAGCGCAGCCUCCCCGAUGCCGGCCCGGCCCCCGAGGACUGCAGGAAGGAGCUGCUGGGCCCGAGGCGGCUGGAACCCGGCCCCAGGGUGCCCGCCCCCUCCUGGAGGGUGAGUGAACCCCCACUGGGCGGCCUGCCCGCCGUGCCCAGCCGCAAGCCACCUUGCUUCCGCGAGGACGCCAGCCCCGACCCGGAGCCCCGGGUCCCUGGCCACGGCGCCAGCUCUCCCACUAGCUCUGCCGGCACAGCCGCUGCCACCUCCAGGAACUGUGACAAGCUCAAGUCCUUCCACCUGUCCCCUCGGGGGCCACCCACGCCUGAGCCCCCUCCCGUGCCGGCCAACAAGCCCAAGCUCCUGAAGAUGGCUGAAGCGGCCCCCCCGAGGGAGGCAGCCAAGCCCGGACUCUUCGUGCCCGCCGUGGCCCCCCGGCCUCCCGCGCUGAAGCUGCCCACGCCCGAGGCCACGGCCCGGCCCGCGAUCCUGCCCAGGCCAGAAAAGCCGCCCCUCCCCCACCUCCAGCGAUCACCCCCCGAUGGGCAGAGUUUCAGGGGCUUCUCCUUUGAAAAACCCCGGAGACCGGCGCAGGCUGACGCGCCGCCGGCGGACGCUGGUGGGCAGGACUCCGACGAGGACUACGAGAAGGUGCCCCUGCCCAGCUCAGUGUUCAUCAACACCACGGAAUCUUGCGAAGCGGAAAGGCUGUUCAAAGCCACGAGCCCCCGGGGAGAGCCCCUGGACGGCCUCUACUGCAUCCGGAACUCCUCCACCAAGGCGGGGAAGGUUCUGGUCGUGUGGGACGAAACCUCCAGCAAAGUGAGGAACUACCGCAUCUUUGAGAAGGAGGCGAAGUUCUUCCUGGAGGGCGAGGUCCUGUUUGUGAGCGUGGGCAGCCUCGUGGAACACUACCACACUCACGUGCUGCCUGGCCACCAGAGCCUGCUGCUGCGGCACCCCUACGGUUACGCCAGGCCCAGGUGACACCCGUACCGCAUGCUGCCGGGCAGAGACGGCCACGGGGCCACAGCCCUGGGCCACGCAGAAGGAGACUGGCCUGCACGGGAGGACGAGCGGGAGCCAGCACCAUGCUCUGACCCGGGGCCUCCCCAGUGGACACCUCAUAGCGAUUGCCAGGCCGGGCCCCGCCCAGCAGGCUGGGUCCCCGGGGCUCGGCCAGGCCCUGGGCUCCAGAGAAUUGUGUGGGGCUCUCCUGUCUCACCGUGCCCACCUCCCAGGAGCCCAGGACUGAGGCUAGUCUGGACUUGAUUUAUAGAAAUUCUGGUCCCCCCC